CACCCACACACACACACACACACACACACAUAUAUACAAGGGCUAGAAGAGCAACUCAGCUGUGCUCAGUCUCUGCUUUCCUUUCGGAUAUCAGCAUUGUGUUCAUCUAAACAGGCCCAGGAUUCCCACUGAGAAAAUCUGUCUGUUUUCUAAAAUGGCAAGAAAUCUUCUCAAAAAUCCAAAUGGAGAGGAGAAUAUGGAAUACUGGGAAUUAACGGAGAACGGGGGUGACGAGUGGCGUGUGGAGGAAAUGCCUGGGGACUGUGGACAUGCCUUUACUGAUGACGCCACAACCAAAUACUUCACCACCUCUUUUGAGCUGUGCCUUAAGAAGCAGCUGAUUGACUUGUUGGCAGAAGGCUACAGCAGUGAGGAGCUGGACAAUCAGCCAGCUGUCCAUGUGGAGGACUGGUACUGUGGCCGUACAGACUGCGGGUGUGUUUACCAGCUAACAGUGUGUCUGCUUGACGAGAAUAAGGAGGUGAUACAGGAGUUCACACCGGAGAGUGUGACCCUUGACCCUGACACUGACGACUGUUCUUGGAAACAGAUCACCCACACGUUUUCUGAAUACGGCCCGGGCGUGCGCUUCAUCUCUUUCGAGCAUGGUGGUCAGGACACCAAGUACUGGCAAGGCUGGUUUGGAGUGAGAGUAACUGGCAGCUCUGUUACUAUAGACCUUUAAGAGGAGCAGAGACAGACAGAGAGACUACCUUAUGUAGCUUAAGCCUUGAAUAGCUGCGUUAUAUAUCUAUAUUUUUGUUUGUUUAGCUAAAGUAACACAUAUUUUUUUAUUAAUCUGUACUAACAAUAAACCAAGUAUCUCUCGAACACUUAGCCAGCUAGUUUAACCAAUUUUAGCAAUAUUAAUGAACCCUGAAGUAAACCCUUAUUUAAAAUGACCUCAUCAUGCUUGCUCCUGCUCUUUCAAACACCCACACAGAAACCUUAUUGGUCAACCAAGCAACUCUCUCACUGUCUCUCACUUUUCUUUUGGUGAGCGCUCUCUCUAUUACAUGCUUGAUCAAAAAAAAAAGAUAAUUUGCGGGUAUCAGGAAGCCUCUAAUAACAUGUGGGAGACUCCUUGAACUUCUGUGAUAAGAGGGACCUCUGCACUUAGUCUGAGUCUGACAUGGAAAAUGAAUAAUAUGCAGUAGCUUACAGAGCAAAAUGCACUAAUAAAAAAGGUGCUGCCAGUGAA